ACAGGCUUGCAGACUGCAGAUGAGAGACUCAGGAGCAGAGACAAUUUUAACUUAGCCAGCCCUAAUUUAUCUCAAGCUUUUUCAAUUCAUCUUCACUGCUCUAUGCUCACUGGAACACCAGAUUGUCAUCCCUUGGGAACAGAAUGCAACCAGGGAUCUAGAGAGCUGUCACAUCACAAGAAAUAUUUAAAUUGUGCUGAUUUUCUUCUGGAGUACUGAGCAGAGGGAAUGAAACUCUCCAUCAAGUCAUAGCUUUGCGGGCAAUAGAUCAGAGGAUACUGCCAGUUUUCUAAUGGAUUAUUGUUAUCGGGCAGGUUCUUCCUGAAGACUUUGGCUAGCACAGCAGCUGCAUCUUGGGUUUCAGCCUGCAACCUCAACAUGACAUUCCAGGCCUGCCAAAGACUGUUGGGAUCUGCAAGAUAAAAAGCAGACCACCACACAUUGAACUUUCUAAUCAGAUGACCAACCCUAACUUUGAUGUGGCAGGAUUGCCAUUGGGAGGAGUGAAAGGUAGCUCCGGGAAACUUAUUACCAGAGUCAUGGAGUGGUGUCUCUCAGGAUAUAGAACAUUAUAAAGACAACAAGCUGCCAUAUUAUAAAAAAAAGAGGCUGACUGAAUUCACAUACGCCGGGAACAAAUACUAAGUUUUCUUCUGACAAAUGUCACUUCCACCGUGUUCAGCUAUACAGUGUUAGAAGCUGGAAAUUGAACUGUAACAAAGAAACAGUUCUGGGAAAAUGCAGGGAAUGUUUCCUAAAAGCAUAUACUGAGACCCUAUAUGUUUUUCUUCACAUGAAGCUCACUUUGAAAUAUUUGGAUAAAAUGAGAUGCUUACGGAAACGAUCAGCAGUAUCAUUCUUAGGAGUCCUUGUCAUUUGCCUGCUCUUCAUGAACUUGUACAUUGAAGAUGGUUAUGUCUUGGAAGGGGACAAGCAAUUAAUCAGAGAAACAGCCACACACCAGCUUAAUUCAGAGCGCUAUGUUCACACUUUUAAAGACUUGUCAAAUUUCUCAGGAUCUAUAAAUGUUUCCUAUCGCUAUCUAGCUGGCACACCUUUGCCAAGGAAAAAGUAUCUUACUAUUGGACUAUCCUCAGUCAAACGGAAAAAGGGGAAUUAUUUGCUUGAGACGAUCAAGUCCAUAUUUGAGCAGUCAAGUUAUGAGGAACUGAAAGAAAUUACGGUGGUGGUUCACCUAGCAGAUUUCGACUCAUCCUGGUGUGAAGGGAUGGUCCAGGAUAUUUCACAGAAAUUUGCUCAUCACAUCAUUGCUGGCAGGUUAAUGGUUAUCCAUGCCCCUGAGGAGUACUAUCCAGUACUGGAUGGCCUUAAGAGAAAUUACAAUGACCCAGAAGACCGUGUGAAGUUCCGAUCCAAACAAAAUGUAGAUUAUGCUUUCCUGCUUAACUUUUGUGCUAAUCUUUCUGAGUAUUAUGUCAUGCUAGAAGAUGAUGUUCGAUGCUCUAAAAACUUCUUAACUGCUGUUAAGAAAGUAAUUACCUCGCGAGAAGGUUCCUAUUGGGUGACUCUGGAGUUUUCCAAACUGGGCUAUAUUGGAAAGCUAUACCACUCCCAUGACCUCCCACGCCUGGCUCAUUUUUUGCUGAUGUUUUACCAGGAAAUGCCUUGUGAUUGGCUGCUAAUCCAUUUCCGUGGAUUGUUAGCUCAAAAGGACGUCAUCCGCUUUAAGCCAUCUCUGUUCCAGCACAUGGGAUAUUAUUCAUCCUACAAAGGAGCUGAGAACAAGCUAAAGGAUGACGACUUUGAAGAGGAUUCAUUUGACAUCCCUGACAACCCACCCGCAAAUCUUCACACCAACAUAAAUGUAUUUGAAAACUACGAGGCAAGCAAGGCUUACAGUAGCAUUGAUGAGUACUUCUGGGGGAAAGCUCCUUCUACUGGAGAUCUCUAUGUGAUUGUAUUUGAAAAGCCUAUUAAAAUCAAUAAAAUUAAAGUUAUCACUGGAACAGAAGACCGUCAAAAUGACAUCUUGCAUCACGGAGCCCUGGAAGUUGGGGAAAAGAUUGUAGGGAGCAAAAAAGGGAGGCAAUGCACUACUUACUUGAGACUAGGGGAGUUCAAAAAUGGAAAUUUUGAAAUGACAGAUGUGGAACACAAAGUUCUGUUUGAUAUUAACUGCAUGAGAAUACUUGUUACCAAAAGUCAAAAGGAAUGGCUGAUCAUUAGGAGCAUUAGCAUUUGGACUUCUCAGCCACCAAAUCAAUAAGGCAAAAUUACUGAAGCUGGUCCUCCUUCUUUCGUGGUGGAGUGAAUGCCAUCGGUUGGGUCCCAACUGGUGUCAUUCCCCAAGGAGACUGACUUAAUUCCUAUUAUUUACUACUGACACUGGAAAUCUGGGGAAGUCAUAAAACAAGCAAAAGCAAUUUAUUUUGUACUAGUCCGCCAGGCAAUAUACAAACACUAGUUUGUUGGAAUGUUUGAAUUUUAUAGGAAAUGUAAACAUGUUCUCAUCCAUCACUUAAGAUUCAGAAACCUUUCUCUUUUAUUUUAAUUUCUCCUUUGGGAAGAACUGCUGUACUAAAAACAAAGCCAAUGUUUUUCCAUUAUUCAGAAGUUUUGUAGGUUUUGACCAGUAUGUUGUCAGAUGAAAUUUGACUCCAUCAUAUCCACAUAUAAAUUAAUAAUCAGAUGGUAGUACGUUUGUACAAUAGUUGGUGGUGUAUUUGUUUGAAAGACAGUUGUGAAAAUGAAAGUCUGUUAAUGGAGCUUGCAAUUUUAUUUGAGCACUGUAAGAAAACAGUAUGGUUAAACAUUGUGAUUAAUUUUAAAUGAAAAUACAUGUACAGUUAUAAAUCUGACAUGACAAUACUGUAAAAAUAUUUAAUUGCAUCAUCUAUCCAGUCUCAACAAAUAUGCUUUGUCCUUCUUCCAGGGUCCUGUCAUUGAAAUGGUUCACCAGUUGUAUUUUAUGUCACUUAGGGCCCAACCCUGCAAUCCUUAUUCAAGCAGUCACACAGUCAAUGGGAGUUUUGUUUGAAUAAGGACUGUAGGAUCAGCCCCUGAGCUUUAAGGACAAAAUUAUCCUUUCAGAUUUGCUUGGAAGUAGUUUUCAUCUUUAAUAUUAUGCUCUUCCAGCACAUUCAGAGCUCCCAGUGAUGUCAGUUGGAGAACUGCACAAAGCUGAGCACUACCGUAUGGUCUGAGAGAAGAGUUUUGUACUCAAUGUUUAGAUCAGUGGUGGACAACCUGCAGCCCAUCAGGGUAAUCUGAUUGUCAGCCAUGAGACAUUUUGCUGACAUUGAACGUCCUAUGGCAUGGCUCUCCGCAAGUCCCAGUGGCCACAGUUCACCAUUCCUGGCCAAUGGGAGCUGUGGGAAGCAAUCAGAUUACCCUAAUGGGCCACAUGUGACCCGCAGGCCGCAGGUUGCCCACCACUGGUUUAGACAUCCAUCUCCCAUCCGAUGCAGAUGAAAGAUCUAUAAGGUUCAACAAUAGAGGCUGAAGGUGAUCACUGAUCUUCCCUGGUUGAUGUCUCUGCAAUAGUGCUGUGUGAAACAUUUCCCACCUUUUGCAAAAACAAGAAUACUGGUUUUGCUGGAUGUUUAAGAAGUAAAUACUUUGCCAAGUUAGUUUUGAAUUUUUUUCAGAUUUUUCAAUGCUGAAUAAAUUGUCUUAGGAGCCGUCUUUCCCCAGAUGAUGUUUUGGUUUAUAUACUAUCUGGACCUGUUCCUUUGAGGUGCUGAGCACUUACUGACAGGGGCUGAUUGUCCUCCAUUCCUAUUGAUUUCAGUGGGAGUUGUGAGCUUUAAUACUCCACAGAAUCAGACCCCCAUAUGUAUACAAUACAUAUUAUAUAUAAACACAUCUGGAUUACCAAAAUAUAUAGGAGAUCUUAUUAUUCUUUAAGGCAUUCCAAAAACUUUCUUUAAUGAUACUGGGAACUAUACAAGUAUAUCAAUAGCAGCACAGAUGAACACUAUAUUACUAGUCUCAUGAAUAUUGUGGUAAUCAUCAAAUUGCAUGUCCUGGUUUCAGCUGAAUCUAGGAGGUAAGGAUUAAAUUGCAAGAAUGCCUGUACUGACCAAAAACUCCAAGUCGAAGUGAACUAAAUAUUGUACUCUGCAUACUAGCAAGCCUGACGUGGUUAUUUCAUAAGGGCAGAUUAUUCACAGGUCUACAAGAAGCAGCAAUCUAAUUGCUUUUCCUGAUUCAUAAAUCCUACUAAAUUCAGAUGCAGGUUUGGCAAAUCCCUACUUACAGCAGCAAUGUACUUUAAAAUAGAUGGUCUAGUAAAUACCUUUACAAAGUACACAAAAGUGUCCCCUUCCCAAAGAGAAGAGUCUUUGUUUCUCUUGUUUCUUAAUACUUACCCAGAACUCUAAUCUCUGUGAAAACAGGAUAUUUUAAAUACAGUUUGGCAGUUCAACUUUAGACCCCACUGCAGUUUAGCUAAAUUAAAAAUACCCACUAAGCUUAAACCAAUUCUUACCUAAAUAUACAUGAGAGACUUGCUAUUUAUAUGUUAAAUUAUUUUCUAUGGUAACCAGCUAAUUUUAUGGUCAACCCUAAAACUCCUUUAAACACACAAUAAAUUCUUUUUUGCUUCAUUUACCAUUAGUGACAAAGAAAUUUCAAUAAGGAGCACUGAACAUCUGAAAACUGAUGUAGAAACUAACUGCCUGGUUAUAUAUAAAUGUGCUGUUUCCAAAACAAAUACAUUUUGAAUUAGCACAGAUAGUAAACACAAUCCCAAGGCUUAAAAUGCCCAUGCAUCCAAAAUGAUAUUCAAUUUGAAAGUUUUAGAAUAAAUUAAAUGUUCUCUGCACAAACCUGAAAUAAUUUAAUUGCUAUUUUUAAACUACAAAUGGUAAAUAUUUUAAAAAUCAUUUAUUGAGCUGUGCCUCCCCCCACCCCCAUGCCCCCAGAAAAAUCUUACCAUUAAUGCAGCUGGAAAAAAAGCACAUGUCGCUGUAUUUACUGAAAAAGUAAAUAGUUGUGACAACAAUUUAUAGUUGUGACAACAAUUUCAGGGCGUGAAAUUCACCCCAGUGCAGAGGAAUGGCACAAGGUCCCUCCCAUCACUUAAAUCCCAUUUAUAGCCUAUUUUCAUGCCUUAUGUGAGACUAAUGCUGUCCCUAUGCAUCCAGAUAAAUUUCACCCUCAUGAACGUGACUGGCAAAUUUUAUACCUGGUUUUUUUUUUUAAUGUGAAAAUGUUGAUUUUUUUCCCCCUGGAACAAAUUUACAAGUAUAAGAGUUUUUCAAAAGUUAGCGUUUUUCUAUGCAUGAUGCAAGAAAAGCUAUUUCUUAGCAAAAAGGACACUUUUAAUCAUAUUUGUGGAUUUUCACGAACAUGCCCCAAAGUACUGGAUUUUCUUUUUUUACUAGUGACUGCUGAUGAAGCAAAUAAUUGGUAGUUUCACACAGUUCUAUUCACUGGUGAGUACAGGUGUUUCUAUGUUUUUGUUAUUGUGUAUUUCUUGUGUUCAUUCGUGGAUCAAAUAUCCAGUUCCCUUGUAGUGAAAUGGAAAUGUAGAACCAUUUUUUAAAUAUGAUACUUAGCCUGCAUACUAAUGGAUCUAUUCUUCACUGGGUAUAUAUGCAUCAUUCCACUGGCAUUACUUGGCGUUGCAUAUGUCCAUCAAAGGCAAAAUAGACUUCUUAAAAUGUAAUGCCCAUGGGCUUUUUUUUUUCUUUACUAAGAGUCAGUUUUUUCCAUCCUUAUUCAUAGUGGGUAAUCCCUUUGACUGGGACCAGUUGAGGAGCAAACUACUACUUAAUAUGAGUAAGGAGGAAUAAUCUAGCCUUAAUUUGCUGCAGUUUACUCUACAAACCCAAGUGAAAGUAGUUGGCUGGCUACACCAUAUCAUCGUUUAUUCCUUGUACUGUAUAUUCUCGAAUGAAGAGACUUCACUAAGGUGCUAUAUAAAUGUAUUGUUUUUA